ACAGCAGCGCCAGUGAAGACAGCAGCAAUGGAGAAGAGGAGGAGAACGAGGCCAAAAUUUGGCCCGAGCGGAGCGCCAAGCUGCACGAAGGGCCAAUGGAUUUUCGAGCUUUCUGGAAAAGCGCUUGGAACGAGGAAUACAUUCGCGGCGUACAAGCGAAAAUGAUGCUGAAAUAUAUGGACCGGAGCGUCGACCCCUGCGUGGACUUUUACCAGUACGCCUGUGGCAAUUGGGAAAAGUACAAUCCCAUUCCCGAGGACAAGGCCGGCUUCGACACGUUCGAGACGCUUCGCGAGUCGCUGGAUCUGGUGCUGAAGCAACUGCUCGAGGAGCCCGAGGCCGACAACAACGACGCGGCCCUCCUCACCAGCGCAGUCACCAAAGCCAAGUAUUUCUAUCGCAGCUGCAUGAACUACGAGGUGCUGGAGCGGCGCAUGGAGCGACCGCUGCUGCUGCUGCUGGACGAGCUGGGCGGCUGGCCGAUGCUCAGACCCGAGUGGGAGCCCGACAAGUUCGACUGGCUGCUGCUGGUCGCCCGGCUGCGCCUCUACAACAACGACGUCCUCAUCUCCGAGUGGAUCGGGCCGGACAUCAAGAACAGCGACCAGUACGUCAUACAGCUCGACCAGACGAGCCUCGGCCUGCCCAGCAAGGACUACUACCUGCAGGCGUCGAACGCGCGCUACCUGCAGGCCUACAAGACCUACCUGCUGACGGUGGUGACGCUGCUGGGGGCCUCGCCCAGGACCGCCGCCAGCCACGCCGAGGAGCUCGUCCAGUUCGAGAUUCAGCUGGCCAACAUAACCAUAUCCCCGGACGAGCGCAGGAACAUCUCGGAUCUGUACCGGCGCAUGAGCCUCGACGAGCUGCGCCGAACCGUGCCGGAGAUCGAUUGGCGCCGGUACCUGUCGAUCGUGCUCGGCCGGCCGGUCGGCGACUCCGAGCCCGUCGUCGUGUUCGCCACCAACUACCUCAAGGACCUCGUCAAGCUCCUGUCCCGAACCCGAUCGAGAGUCGUGGCGAACUACCUGUUCUGGCGCUUCGUGCGCCAUCGAGUCAACAAUCUGGACGAUCGUUUCCUCGAGGCCAAGCAGACCUUCUACUACACCCUGUUCGGACGGGAAAAGUCUCCACCACGCUGGAAGAAUUGCGUCGGCCAGGUCAACAGCAACAUGGGCAACGCCCUCGGCUCGCUCUUCGUGCGCAAGUACUUUGACGAGAUGAGCAAGAACGACACCCUGUCGAUGACCCACGAGAUUCAGCGAUCCUUCCGCGAGCUGCUGCGCCGAUCCAGCUGGUUGGACGACGCCACGAGGCGCGACGCCCUCGACAAGCUCCAGGCCAUGCAGCUGCGCAUCGGCUAUCCGGACUUCAUACUCGAGCCCGAGCAGCUCGACAGGCGCUACAGAGACGUGCUCAUCGAACCGGACAAGUACUUCGAGAACACGCUCAACGUCUUGAGGCACUUGACGAGGAUCGAGCAGGACAAACUCGGAGCGCCGGUCAACAAGAGCGUGUGGAACGCGGCCCCGGCCAUCGUCAACGCCUAUUACAGUCGCAACAAAAAUCAAAUCAUGUUCCCGGCCGGUAUUCUGCAGCCGCCGUUCUAUCAUCGCUACUUUCCGCGAAGCCUCAAUUACGGUGGCAUAGGUGUGGUCAUCGGCCACGAGAUCACUCACGGCUUCGACGACAAGGGCCGGCUCUUCGACAAGGACGGCAAUCUUCUGCGCUGGUGGUCCGAGAGCUCCGUUACCGAGUUUGAUCGGCGCGCCUACUGUCUCGUUGAUCAGUACAGUAAAUAUAUAGUCGAAGAAGUCGACAUGGCACUCGACGGCGUCAAUACUCAAGGUGAAAACAUAGCUGACAAUGGUGGGAUAAAGCAAGCGUUUAAAGCCUACGACAAGUGGCUGACGGAGAACCAAGGACAAUCGAGCCGAGAGCGCUUGCCUGGUUUGGAGUGGCUCACGGGCCGGCAAUUAUUUUUCCUGAAUUUCGCCCAAGUCUGGUGCGGCACGAUACGGCCCGAGGCGAUGCGCAACAAGCUCAAGACGGCGGUACACGCGCCCGGCCGUUAUCGCGUCAUCGGCACUUUGUCCAACUCCCGGGAAUUCGCCCAGGUUUACUCUUGUAAAAGCGGUAUGCCCAUGAAUCCAGUUGAUAAGUGUCUGGUUUGGUGAUAGUGCUGAGAUGAUCAAUCAGAAACUAUUCGAAACUUUGAAUAACUUUUAUAUUUUGUAAAAGCUCGCUAUGCGUUUAUUCACAAACAUACGCACCAUUUAUUUUAAGACAGAAAUCUCAUUUUAAAUAAUAUUUAUAUUUAUACAUAGCUGUAAAAAUUAAUACUCACAAUAGUAUUGACUCGAUAAAAGUAAUUUAAGCGUUUUUAGAAUAUUAUUAUUCCACAAAUGAAUCGAGUUUCAUCAUUUGUCGAGUUAUCGAGAUCACAUAUUUAAGGAAUAAAUGAUAUCGAGUUUCUUUCAUUUUUCACAUUACCCUAGUUCUUUGAAAUGAUCAUGGGUACAAUAUGAAAAAACUGACAAUACAACCUCAUGAAAAAUAAACAUAAAAAUUGA